AUGCCUUCCACAACUUAUCGCACUUCUGCGCCUUGUCGAAGUUCUCAUCACCCACUUCAUCGUCUGCGCCCCCCUGCCACUUCGUUUCGUCCUCGCCGUCGGUCUCCUUCUCAUCCUCCACUUCCACCGCCUACUUCUCCCUCUCCAUCUCCACGUCACCCCUAA